GUACGGGUUGGUAUUUGUAUACAAGUGGUGAAGUGUUGUUUGGUACAGGGGAUCCGCACCCACAAUAAAUUCCCAUAAAUAACUACUCAUUUAAAUCCCCUCCCAAACCAAACCCUUCACAUCGCCCAAAAGUUAGCGUUUCCCCUUGCUGAAAACCCUUUUCUCCCUUUGUCAAUUUCCCCAUUUUUUUUUAAAAAAAAAUUCAUUUUCGAUAAUAAUAAUAAAUUAAGAAGACAGAGGAUGAUGACAGGGGAAGGAAGCGUCAGCCUGGAGCUUCUCAAGAAAAAGAUGGACGAUUUUGCCAAGGAGAGAGGCUGGGAGAAGUUCCACAGUCCCAGAAACCUUCUUCUUGCUAUGGUGGGAGAAGUGGGAGAGCUAUCAGAGAUAUUUCAAUGGAAAGGGGAGGUGGGGAAGGGGUUGCCAGGUUGGGAAGAAGAAGAAAGGGUACACUUGGGAGAGGAGCUCUCAGAUGUGUUGCUAUACUUGGUCAGGCUCUCUGAUAUGUGUGGCAUUGAUCUUGGCAAAGCUGCACUCAGAAAGAUUGAGCUCAAUGCCCUGAAAUACCCUGCCAAAGGGAACAAGAACAGUCCUUGCCUUGAAAAUGAUGCUCCCACCAUGGUCAAUGAUUAGAGAGUAGUUUGGUUGGCACCAAAUUGUUGUCAAUUAUUAUCUUCAUUGUUAUAUGAUUAAAAUAAUGAAAGUGAAAUAAUUAUGCACUUUUUGCUACAUGAUGUUAAUGUAGUCCCAAUUUGUCAAAAAAAGCCCAUUUGUUUACUCCUCUUAUUCAGAUUAUUACUUUUGAGGUGAUGAGAAUUUAAAUAAGUAUUGGCAUGAUGCAUGUCAAUAUAAUCUAUUUCCUUUG